AUGAGCCGACCCUUGUGGGUCCUUCAUGCGGUGGUCGCGCUACUCAUCAUCAUCAACCCGUGGCCCCUGGUGGGCGCCCUGACGUGCCAGAGCGUGGCGGGGGGCGGGUUGUGGCACGACCCCGCAACCUGGACGCAGUGCGGCGACGGCACUGGCAUUCCCGGGCCGGAGGACACGGCCGUUAUCGGCGUCCUCGGAAUCAACUACGCGCCCGUCACCAUCGCCAAGAGCGCUCCGGCCGUCGAUGUGGCCUUCGUCUCCAUCCAACAGGGCGCCCUCUACAUCAAUGGUACCAAGACCACUUUUUUUAACUCCGACCACAACAAGGUGUGGAAUGUUAACACCGGAGUUAUAGGUGAACUGUCGACCACCUCCUUCAACGUGGUCUUCGGCAUGGUGGUGAACAAGGGCCGUCUGACGGUCUUCAACCCGUCCAAUGACACGUCGGCCUCGACCACCCUCAUCCUCACCUACUCCGACUUCCAGCACCCCGGCGAUCUCAUCGUCGGCGGCCCCAGCACGGCUGAGGGGCGGAUGGCCAUCCAGGGCGGCAAGGUAGCGAUUGGUGGUUCGGUGGCGCUGACGUCGCUCAGCCUGGCCCGAUUGGUGAUGACCUACACGCGCAUGACGAUCGAGGGCGACCUCCGGGUCACCGGCGGCCCGGCCUCCCAGGCCAGCCAGUUUCGCACGCCCAUGCUCGACGGCUGGGCUUCCGGCGCCUCCUUCCUCACCUCCGACAUCAUCGUCAAGGGCGACCUGGCGGUUACUUCGCACUAUGGGCAGGAGGGCGUGGUUGGCGGUUCGACGGUGGAGGUGCGGGGUGAGGUGGCGCUGCAGUCGGCCGACGCCGCGGCCGGCGGCGCAAGCGGCUUCGUCAAGGUGGCCCCGGCGCCUUCCGUGGACCCCACACCGACCGAAGCCAACACCGUCUCGGGCAGGCUUUAUGUCCGAGGCUCGUUCGUCGCGGCCUCUGGCGAUGGUGGACGCGGCAGCGCCAUCGGCGGCGCUUCGGGUGAUGUGACCCUGUCCCUCCUCAUGAACGCCUUGGCUGUCAACAGUUCCAAGGCCGGGUUCCUCCUCCAGACCGGAAGCGGUGGCAGCGGAACGAGUGACGGCGGCAACGCAGGAAACAUAGAUCUGACCGUGGGCCUCGGCGGACGGCUCUCCUUGUCCAACGACCUGCAGCUUGUCGCUGGUCCCGGCGGCGCUGGCGCCCAGGCCGGCGGCCGCGGCGGUUCGUCGACUGUUUCGCUCUGGCAGGGCGGCGACCUGGCCCUGAACACGAACGCGGUGGUGCGGGCGGGCGACGGAGGCAACGCCACCACGAGCGACGACUCGCUCGGUGGCGACGGAGGCGUGGCGGGCCUGGUGAUGGUGCAGGCGGGCACGGUGACGGUCGCCAGGGACUUGACCCUGACCAGCGGCCGCGGAGGCCGAGGCGCCCAGGGCGGCAACGUCGGCCCGAGCUUCCUGCUCGCGCGCGACUCGGAUGACGUGGCACAGCCAAUCGCGGUGAAGCGGAGCCAGGCCUGGCGGCCUUCGCUGUUCGUCCAGGUCGGCCGCGACAUGCACCUCACCAGCGCGACCGGCGGCGAGGGCUCCGCCGGCUGGGGCGGCAACUGCAGCCUGGCCCAGCCGGCCCAGCUCGCUGCGAACCAGGGCGGCGUCACUCUGAACUCCUUCGGGGCCGCGCUGUCUGUCAAGCGCCACCUCGUCAUCACCGGAUGCAGCGGCGGCGUCGGCCGCGGAGGCCCAGGCGGCUGGGCCGCCCCCGCUGGACUAGCAGUUCUGGGCGCGAGUGUGACGGUGGGCGGCAACAUCAGCAUCGCUGGAGGCGACGGCGGGGCGGCUAUCGGCGGUUCCGGCGACGGAGGCCAGGGCGCCCUCGCCUUCGUGCGCGGCUUCAGCUCGUCCACCAUCACCGCUAACGCGGUCGAUCUGGUCAGCGGCCAGGGCGGUAACGCGGUCAACGGCACGGGCAAUGGCGGCAGCGUGGAUGCGGGCUACGUGGUGGGCACCACAACUGACCUGCGGGCCGGCGUGCACAUGCGGGACGACUCCGUGUUGACCGUCGGCGGGGGCCGCGGCAGCCUGCGCAUUUCCGGCGGCAGCGCCGGCGGCGUCGACGCAGAGUGGUGGGAUGGAGCGGCGCCGUCAGCGGGCAGCGCGGCGCGAGGCGGGAUCGAGUCCGUGAACGUUGGCGCGGCGGUGAGUGCGGGCGACGUCACCAUCAUCGGUGGCAAGCGGGGCGACGUCAACCUGCGCAACGUGCCCCAGCCGGUACGGCGCGCCCCUGCGGCCACGCGCGGCGACGCAGGGCUGGGCCUGGAUCCGCAGGCGCAGCCGCUCGAGAGGCUGCUGAGGCGCGCCGAGCGCGACGAAGUUGCCCCCUUGGUGUUGGUCCACUCCUACACCGGCGGCAAGAUCACCAUCACCGGCGCCGCCCUGCUCCAAGGCCAGGCGGGUGGAAGCAACACGUUGGGCGCUGCUUCGUCUGGCGGCUACGCACUAAUGGCCGCGUCUGAACUUAGCCAGCUGCGGGUCGAAGGCCAGCUCACCCUUCUCGGCGGCCCCGGCGGCGCUGGCGAUCAAGAGCAGCAGCAGCCCGGCGGCGACGGCGGCUUCGCCUACAUCUCGUCCGCGUCCGACAGCACGAUCACCAUCACCGAUGCGCUCCUCCGCGGCGGCGCGGCGGGCCUGGGCGCCAACGCGGCCCUGGACGGCGCCCGCGGCAUGGUACAGCUGGGCAUCAACGCCGCGCGGGUCGACCAGUACGGCGCCCUGGUCCUGCGGCCCGGCGACGUGCGCAGCCGGGCGCCGGUGGCCGGCCUCGACGCCUCCAUCGGUGUGACCUGGGGCGGCGAGUACACGGUGUUCCCAUGCAACGGCGCUGGAAUCGAGUUCCCUGGCAACAGCUCGUCGGCCGCGUUCCCGGUGACCAACCGGGGCGUGUUCCGUGACUGCCGCGGCGCGGGUGCGGCGACGGCCUACCCGCAGCCGACGGUCGACAGCUACAGCGACGCGUCGUGCGCGCCCUGCACGUGCUCGGCCGUGUCGGGCGGUUCGUGUCCGCUGACGCCCGCGCCGCCCACUCCCUCCUCGGCCGGCCGCUUGUCAGCCACGUGGUGGUCCUCUCUCCUGGAGACGCAGGGGAUGGUGUAA